AUGGCUGUGGCAGAAGUCCUGGUGCAUGUGAGAAUCACUCUCCUGAUACUCUGGCUGGGGGUGUUUCCCUUCGUUUCUGGAUGGCCCCAGAUUGGGCGCUCUCAAUAUCACAGCCACCCAGAAGUGCUAAUACCCUUGAGGGUAACCGGCACUGGGAAAGGUAUGAAGACUCCAGGCUGGCUCUCCUAUAGCCUGCACUUUGGGGGGCAGAGACACAUUAUCCACAUGAAGGUGAAAAGGUUUUUAGUGUCCAGACACUUCCCUGUGUUCACCUACACGGACCAGGGAGCUCUCCAGGAGGAUCAGCCUUAUGUCCAGAGUGACUGCUACUAUCAUGGCUAUGUGGAAGGAGAGCCAGAGUCCACUGUUGCUCUUAGCUCCUGUUUCGGGGGCUUUCAAGGAAUGCUACAGAUAAGUGACACUGUAUAUGAAAUCAAGCCCAAAAGAUUUUCUGCCACACAUGAGCAUCUGAUUUAUAGACUACAUCACAAUGAGACAGAAUUGCCAUCCAUGAAAUGUGGGUUAACAGAAGAACAGAUAGCACAGCAACUGGUGUUUCACAAGACUAAUAAUGUCCCUCUCAAGCAAAGCAAUUAUGAGGGCUGGUGGACCCACAGAUGGUUUAUAGAAUUUGCAGUGGUUGUAGACCAUCAACGAUUCCUUCACCGUGACAAUAAUGCCUCUUGGGUACUACUGGAAGUAUUACUAGUUCUAAAUGAAAUAAAUGCCUUUUAUAGUGCCAUGGACGUUGAUUUGGGUUUAUCUGGACUUGAGAUUUGGAAUCAAGGCAACCUCCUGCAAGAAAAUGACAUGGAAAAAUUUUUGAUAUCAUUUUGUCAGUGGAAGAGAAUGGCCAUUAAUAACCGAAUACAACAUGAUAUUUUACAUCUAUUUAUAAAGCAAAAUUUUGGUAUAUAUCUUGGCCUAGCAUAUAUUGGAACAAUAUGCCAUCAAAAUUACAACUGUGGAGUUGACAAGUUUGAGGUAGAUGAAUUGUUUCCAUUUGCACAUGUUGUGGCACAUGAGAUUGGUCAUAAUUUGGGGAUGGUGCAUGAUGACCAUGCAUGUACAUGUGGGAAGAGCACAUGUAUAAUGUUUCCAGCAGAAAAUGACUCGAGAACAUUUAGCAACUGCAGUUAUGCUUCCUUUUAUGAAAUAUCAUCUAGAACAUCCUGUAUGCGCAAUCUACCCUACCUCUUGAAAAAAGAAAGGCAAUGUGGCAAUGGUGUGGUUGAAGAAGGUGAGGCAUGUGACUGUGGAUCCUUACAAAUGUGUACUAAAGAUCCCUGUUGUUUGACAAACUGCACCCUGAGACCUGGAGCUGUUUGUGGUUUUGGGCUUUGUUGCAAGGACUGCCAGUUCAGAGCAUCAGGUGAAUUGUGUAGAGAAAAGGAGAAUGAAUGUGAUCUUCCAGAGUGGUGCAAUGGAAUUUGGCAUGAGUGUCCAGAAGAUGUAUAUAAGCAGAAUGGAUACAAAUGCUUGGACAUUGGCUUUUGCUACAAAAAGACAUGUAAUGUUCGUGAUGAACAGUGUAGACAAAUUUUUGGCAAGAAAGCUAAGAAUGCUAAUCAGAAGUGCUACAGAGAAGUGAAUAUCCGAGGUGACCGUUUUGGUAACUGUGGUAAUGAUAGCAGAUCAUAUAUAGGAUGUAAUAUCGCGGAUAUUCUGUGUGGAAGAAUUCAGUGUGAGAAUGUAACAAUAAUCCCCUAUUUGAAUGAACAUACUACUGUGCAUUCGAGUCACAUCAGUGGCCAUGAGUGCUGGGGCACCGACUACCAUUUUGGGAUGCCCAUACCUGACAUUGGUGAUGUGAAAGAUGGUACAGAAUGUGGUGAAAAACCGUCUGCUCUCGGAAAAUGCACACGCCAAGCUCUUAUAAACCCACCCCGGCACAAGCUUGGCCGCCUCAUUCCAAAUUGGGAAUAUACUCUGCAGGCCUUAUCGGGCGAAGUAGUAGCUUCCACCAAGACGCCCAGAGAAAGCUCUGCCCAGAAGCGCAAUGUCACUCUCUCGCGUCCUCCAAGGACAGCAAGGCUUGUCCCUCGCGCCAGGCCCCGCUUCCCAGGCCCGACACCGCCUACUCCGAGGAUUGGCUCCCGGCCGGGCGGAAGCGAGCGCGGGGGCGGGCAGGGGGCGGUGCCGCCUCGAGGCCCCGCCCAGGCGCGGCUCCGGCGCGGGGCGCCCACGUGCCCAGCCCGCCUUGUGCAGCGCGGCCGCGGGCGCUCCUCUCUUCGCGGACCAGCGACGCGGCGGCCGUCCUCCUCCCGCUUCCCCUAG